AUGUCUCCUUCGUCCGCCGCCGAAGCGCUACGGGAGUCUUUCGGCGAUCGAAAACUGCCCGACAUCAGCCGCAAGAUCACGGCGUGCGUCGCUUGCAGGAAGUUGAAGAUCAAAUGUCAUAUGACGCACGACAAGCCGCCGUGCACUCGAUGUAAAGGGCGCGGACAGCCUUGCACGGUGAACAAGAGUCUGCAGACCAUACUGGAGAAUGAUGCGACAUGGAAGGAGAGAAUCGAAGAACGACUCAACAGGCUCGAGGGCAAUAUCGACGGACCUUUCGAUGUCCGCACUGAAACAGUCGGGCGCCACACGCGACAGUCUAAUACCACCACGGCCUCAGUUCCACCAGUCCACCAGUCUAACUCUUCUGAAAGAGCGAAACUGAACUUGUCGGGAAGUCUAGGAGCAUUCCCAGCUUCUUCCAUUACCGACGCUUCCAUCGCCAACAACAGCUUAGGCGUCUCCUUCCGACCUGACUUGGUCUCUUGUGGCACAAUCUCUCUCGACGUCGCUCAUGAUCUCUUCACAUUCUACAAAGACCACCUGGAUCCAUAUAUCCACUGUGUCUUGGACAAAGAUGCGACUCUGGCGAAUGUGCGAGCUCGAUCCUCGAUUCUAACCACCGCGAUCUGCACUGUCGCAUCCUUUUGCACCGCUUCAGAAGAUUAUCAGGCUUGUUACAAGUUCUUCAAAGAUGAGGUCAGUCGGAAAUUGUUCGCAGACAAGUACCAGUUCGACGAUGCUCGCGCGCUCUGCAUCGGAGCCUUUUGGCUGCCAGACAUCUCGUCCGCUCUGAACGGGUUAGCCGUCCGUAUCGGCACUCAACUAGACCUCCACCGCUGCAUCACCAAAAUGCCACAUGUCAAAGUGGACUGCUACGAACGGACUCGACUCUACUUCCUCAUCUUCCUCUGCGACCACCACUGCUCCUUGAUCUACGGCAGGCCACCCAUGACGACCGAGUUCCGCUCCCUCAAAGGACCAGAAGCCUUCCUGCAAAGCGAAUUCGUGUCACCUUUGGACCUCAAUCUGAUCAGUCAGGUCGAGUUCUGGUCCUUGAAUCGCCGAGUAUUUGAUCUCUUUGGUUCGGAUGUCCAGAGUACACUGGCUUCUCAACGGACCUUUGAGCUCGAGCGACUCAGUGACGCCUUGGACGUCUGGCUGCAGGACUCUUUGGCUGUUCUUCAUUCGAGGCGUGAUCCGGGCUUGUAUGGCCAGCGAGUUAUCGAGUUUUACUACCACUCUGCCAAGCUCUAUCUGUUUUCACACAUCUUCAGAGGCCACACCGAUGAUCAGCCGGCGGCGCAGAGCACCAAGCCCUUGGUCAAUUCUGCGAUACAGAGUGCGCUGGCAAUACUACGGUCUGCGGUGGACGGAGAAAAGGAGACAGGAUGGCUCAAGAAACUGCCUUACUACUUCGGUACGAUGAUCGCCUUCGCCUCGGUUUGUCUAAUCAGGACCACCUUACAAGGAGACACAUCCGACGACGCAAUGGUGAAUGAGACCUUGCGAACCCUACGAAACAUCUCCGAAGUGCUCAAAAAUUCUUCCACCACCGAACGCUCAACCCAUCCGCUCUUCAGCAUCGGGAGAAGCCUUGAGGCAGCCAUCAGCGAGCGACGCCCCUCGGAACCGUCACAAAUUGACGCCCACGAGAUGACGGAUUUCGAACCUGAUCUGGCGUUUGACUUUGAUCUCUUUGCGAGCGAUCCUCUCAAUCUCAGCUUUCCCGGGGACGAAGACAAUUGGAUGUUCUGUCCGGAUCAGAUGCCACAUAUGGGCUUAUGA